AUAGAGGCAAGGGAUGAAAAUGGCCAAACACCGCUGAUUUUGGCUGCAAGAGGAGGGCAUGAAGCUGUUGUACAGCAGCUGCUUGCAAAGGGGGCUGAUAUAGAGGCAAGGGGUAAAAAUGGCCGAACACCGCUGAGUUGGGCUGCAAGAGGAGGGCAUGAAGCUGUUGUACAGCAGCUGCUUGCAAAGGGGGCUAAUAUAGAGGCAAGGGAUAAA